AUGAUGUCUUACCUCAAACAACCCCCCUACGGCAUGAAUGGGCUGGGCCUCGCAGGGCCAGCCAUGGAUCUGCUGCAUCCCUCAGUGGGAUAUCCCGCGACCCCCCGGAAGCAGAGACGUGAACGAACCACCUUCACACGUUCGCAGCUGGAUGUAUUGGAGGCCCUUUUUGCCAAGACUCGAUACCCAGACAUCUUCAUGCGGGAGGAAGUGGCUCUUAAGAUCAACUUACCCGAGUCCAGAGUUCAGGUAUGGUUCAAAAACCGACGAGCUAAAUGCCGACAGCAGCAGCAGAGUGGAAGUGGGGCCAAAAGCCGCCCCACCAAGAAAAAGUCUUCUCCUGCUCGGGAGAGCUCAGGCUCUGAAAGCAGUGGUCAGUUCACUCCACCUGCAGUCUCUAGCUCAGCUUCAUCCUCCAGCUCUGCUUCUAAUUCAUCUGGAAACCCUGCAGCAGCGGCAGCAGCAGCAGCGGCUGCCGCUGCUGCAGCCCUUGGAGGAAACCCUGCAGCGGUGGCCGCAGCAGCUGCAGCAUCGUCCCUGAGCACUCCCACUGCCUCCUCCAUCUGGAGCCCUGCCUCUAUCUCCCCAGGCUCAGGUCCCUCCUCCGUCUCCGUUCCGGAGCCUUUGCCAGCACCCAGCAACACAUCCUGCAUGCAACGUUCUGUGGCCGCAGGAGCGGCUUCAGCCGCAGCUGCUUCCUAUCCCAUGUCCUACGGUCAAGGCGGUGGCUACAGCCAGGGUUACCCUGCGCCUUCCUCUUCUUACUUCGGUGGAGUGGACUGUAGCUCCUACCUGGCACCGAUGCACUCCCAUCAUCACCCGCAUCAGCUUAGCCCCAUGACCCCCUCAUCCAUGUCUGGCCAUCACCACCACCACCACCCUCACCACCCAUUAAGCCAGUCUUCCAGUCACCACCAUCACCACCACCACCACCACCAUCAGAGUUAUGGCAGCACGGGGCUUGCCUUCAACUCCUCCGAAUGCCUAGAUUACAAGGAGCCGGGGGCCACUGCAGCCUCUUCUGCCUGGAAACUCAACUUCAAUUCACCUGACUGUCUGGACUAUAAGGAUCAGGCCUCUUGGAGGUUCCAAGUCUUGUGA